AUGUUUGCUUCUUGCCUGAAAUGGGUGUCUUGGAAUUUUUGUUUUGUUCUGUCUGUAGCAAUGGCUUCAGGAACAGCGCUGGUUUACGAUGAGGAGAUGACCACUCAUAAACUACUUUGGAGCGAUCCUGUUUGUGACAUUGAAGUGCCAGAAAGAUUGUCAUCCUCCUAUGAGCGACUUAAAUAUUACGGUAUUGUGGAAAGAUGUGUCCCUGUGCCUGCCAGAGAAGGAAGCGAGGAGGAGAUCCUGUUGGUUCACAGUCCAGAACAUCUGGAAGUGGCAAAAAGCACUCAAACAAUGAAUGAAGAGGAACUGAAAAGAGUCUCUGGAAAUUAUGAUGCUUUUUUCUUUCAUCCGAAUACCUACCGCUGUGCCAGACUAGCAGUAGGAGCAACUUUGGAGCUCUUGGAUGCUGUGAUGUCAGGAAAAGUAUGCAAUGGAAUGGCAUUAGUAAGACCUCCAGGUCACCACAGCCAGAGAAAUGCAGCUAACGGGUUCUGUUUGUUCAACAAUGUGGCUAUUGCAGCAGAAUAUGCAAAAGUGAAAUACCAUCUACAGAGAAUCCUGAUUGUUGACUGGGAUGUGCACCAUGGUCAAGGAACUCAAUAUAUAUUUGCAGAAGAUCCAAGUGUGUUGUAUUUUUCCUGGCAUCGCUAUGAACAUCAGGAAUUCUGGCCAUCACUCAAAGAAUCAGAUUAUGAUGCUGUAGGUCUGGGAAAAGGAAAAGGUUUUAACAUAAAUUUGCCUUGGAAUAAGGUUGGGAUGGGAAAUUCGGAUUAUCUUGCUGCAUUCUUCCAUGUGCUGCUUCCAAUGGCUUUUGAGUUUGAUCCUGAACUGGUUCUUGUCUCCUCUGGGUAUGAUUCUGGAAUUGGAGACCCUGAAGGUCAGAUGAAUGCCACUCCUGAGGUUUUUGCCCACCUUACCCAUUUCCUGAUGCAGUUAGCUAAUGGAAAGCUGUGUGUCAUCCUGGAGGGUGGAUACCACUUAAAGUCAUUGUCUGAAUCAGUCUGCAUGACUGUAAAAACUUUGCUUGGAGAUCCUGUACCUCAUAUAACUGGAGAAAUGGCACCUUCUCUAAGUGCUGUUGAAUCUUUUCAAAAUGUGAGAGCAGCACAUAAACCCUACUGGAAAUGGUUAAUGCAUGAAGACACAUCAUUUUUACAAAAUUUGAGCACCAAAUCACUUUUACUAAAGAAGGCUAACCCAAAUCCUGCCACGGAAGAUGAAUUUAAGAUCACUAACAAUGAUGAAGUUGUCAAAGUAGAAAGAUUUUUGGAAAUGCACAUGAAAAACAUUCUAUUCCCAGUGCCUCCCAUCAAAACAGCAACAACUGACUCCAAAGGUUCACCACAUUUGCUCACCGUACCUGUUCAUUUGGUGAAAGAAGUGGACCAAAAUGAAAUAAAAGCUCUUGUCAGUGGCUUUUAUGCAGACCUUGUGAAAGAAGACAAAGUUUUGCUCUCUCUUGGCAAUAUGUUGGCUGUCCUAGAUAAAAUACUCAGGAAGGAGGUGUGCAAUGGACUUGCAGAAUCACCUGUAUCUUCCAUUUCUGGUGCUGUUGCACUGAAACAUGCUGUUCAGUUUGGAUUUCAAAGGGUGCUUUGCAUCUUUGUUGGAGACAUGCAAAUCGUACCAAACACAGAAGAUGGAAAAAUACUCAUUAUACAUAUUUGUGACAAAGAACAGUCUGGAAAAACCAGCUCCAAGCACUAUAUUUCUCUAAACUGGAAAGAGGAUGCUGAAGGAAAUGACUUCUUUUCUGCUGUACUUGGAUUCAUUCUUCCUAUAGCAUACAGUUACCAGCCUAACCUGACAGUAAUAGCUGUUGGACCAAACCAGAGCCUUGGAAUAAGUGGGAUUUCUCUGCUUUUUGCUUUACUGGGAGGAUUAGCUGAGUCUCGAAUUUUUGCAGUGAUCAAGGAUACAGAGAGAAAUCUAAUUCAGAGUGUUGAGAAAGCAUUAUUGGGUGCUUCUACACCUCACUUUGGCAUCUAUGUACCUCCUACUCAAGAAAAAGCAAAUAAAAUAAAAACAUUAAGAGACCAGUUUCAGCAGGAAUGGAGAAUGCUUCAGUGUUCAGUGAAGGAUGAGAUUUCAAGAAAUUGACUUCAGAAUCAUUUUACACAGCAGGAGGAAAUGUGUUGCAGUUCAUGUUGCCUUCUAAAUCAUCAGGAAAAGAAGUGGUUGAUAUCUGAACAGAAUUUUUUUUCAGCUGGAGAACUGUGCUUCCAAAUUCUAUAUUGGCACUCAUUAUUCAAGACUGACACUUGAAAACAACUGUUGUACUUUAUUACUGCAAACUGGAGACUAUAUCAUUUGUGACAGGCAUCUGAAAUGAGCAAUUGUAACAGCCAAAACAUUUUAAUAUUAUUCAACAUAAUACUAGAAUGUUUGCACUGCUGCCAC